ACAGAUGCCCUAAAGUGCAGCAUGAUGAAGCAUACACACCGGUGGUGCCAGACCCCCCCCUCAGUGACUGUCCGGGUCAGACCCAACAGUUCACACUCCCUCCAGAUCAGAAGAGGCCUCCGGCUCAAAAGAACCAGCGGCCAGGACGCCCAGGGCCCGGCAGGGAAAAGCCAGCCGAGCCAGCGCCGGGAGCAGAUGUAUUAUGCCAAAAUGACCAUUCCCCCAACUAUUGUCAUCCAGCGGCAAGAAAUGGCAUCAUUCUUUAGACUUUUUGAUGAUGACCUGAUCCAGGACUUCUUGUGGAUGGACUGUUGCUGUAAAAUGACUGACAAGUACCUCCUAGCCAUGACCUUUGUGUACUUCAAAAGAGCCAGCUUCACUAUUGCUGAAUACAGCAGGAAGAAUUUAUUCAUUGCACUGUAUCUUGCCAACACCAUGGAGGAAGAUGAGGAGGAGAGCAAGUAUGAGAUUUUUCCAUGGGCACUGGGCAAGAACUGGAGGAAGCAGUUUCCGCGCUUCCUCAAGCAGCGAGACAAGCUGUGGGCUCGCAUUGAGUACAGAGCUGCUGUCAGCAGGCGCUGUUGCGAAGAGGUGAUGGCCAUCGUGCCCUCUCACUUUGUGUGGCAGCGGGAGCGGUCAGAGCACCACAGCGGCGCCCAGCGGCAGUACGGCGACCAAGACCAUGCUCGUUUUCCCCGCGGGCCCUUGGCUUCCCCGGUCUCCUGCGCCCUCUGUAACCACGGCACCAGGUUAGAUCAGGGCCCAGGCUCCUCUUACCCCUCCAGAGGCUCUUCUGCACAGAACCCUGCCUUUCCACACCCAUUCACCCCCACACUGAGCUUGGAGACCACCCCACCUAGGGCCGCAGCCUCUCGCAGGAAGGUGGUGGAGACUAAAAUCCAGGCACAGCAUUCUUCCUGCUGCUGCGUUGAGGAGGUUCCUAGGGAUGAGUCUUCCUGUGGGUCCACAUACGACACCUCCAUGGACUGGAUCAGUGAGGAGUAGAGCGUCACACCCUCUUUGUACUGACCCGGCUGCUGUCUCCUCUUUAAUAGCACUGUAACUCUGAACGUGUAACUCACUAGUUGGCGUGUAGCUCCUCUCGUGUGAACAUGGUGCUGACCCAGCAUUAACUGGUCAGGACCAUGUGAACCAUUUAAGUGACUGUAAGUAGCUGCAGCAAUGAGCUAAUCCAUGCAGUAAGAUUUAUGUGGCACACAAAGUAUUGUAAUGGGUAUUUAACUUGCACUGAGUUGUUGAUAUUUAUUUAUUUAUUUAUUUAUGUUAUUUAUGUACUGAAGCACUUGUUUGAUGACCACUUAUUCACAGACGGUAAAAUAUGGAAAUGAAUUGAAGUUUAUGAUGUUUACAUGUCUUUCACAUACUGGGUGUGUUUUUACUAGUGCCUGUGUCAUGAGCCAACACU